UAUUAGUGUACGUAAAGUGCUGGAAUUUCGGGUUUGGUCGACGAGGAGUUCUUUAGGAAUUAAUGGAAAGUUCGAAACGAAGAGUGUAUAUUUUGAUGGGAAGUUCAAGAAAGUUAGUAGUGUACGUUAAGUUACAUUAUGACCAAUAUUCUAGAGCUUCGUGAAAAGGUAGCAGUAGACAUACGGUCGCUGUUACUGUCCACACCGAUUGGUUUGACAGCUAAACAACUAAGAGAUGAUUACGCUAGUUUUGUGGGCAGCACGCUACCCUAUCGGGAACUGGGUUACUAUGGAGUGGAAGACAUGGUUAAAGACAUGCCAGACGUGGUUCAUGUAUCCUGGCAAGCCGGUCAGAUGAUUUUAAAGGCCGUUGUAAAUGAGGAAACUAAAAGAAUCGCUAGUCUCGUUUCAAGGCAGAGAUUAUCCGACAAAGCUAAAAAAGAGCAAAGACGAAGACGCAUGGGAUGCUCGUCUAGUCAACGUAGUGUGGGGAGCGGACGGUACUAUCAUCGCCCUGACUCGCAGCCUUUUGUGCCAGCAUCCACCAGAAACCAGGUCCUGGAACUUUUGAAAUCUUACAGAUCAGGGUUACGUCUCACUCAGUUGGAAGGAGCUUUUUUAAAGCGGUUUGGUGUGCAGUUUGAAUGGCGUCAUUUAGGCUUUAACAGCUUGUAUAAGGUGAUAGAUUAUCUGCAUGGGCAGUCUGUUGUGGCAAUGGAGCGUUAUGGCAGUGACUACAUGGUGUACUUGGGCAGAGGGCAUGGCCAACAGCAAUCUUGGCAGGGAGCACAGAAACCAUCCCAACCAUGGAGAAGUAACAGUGUUUCGGCACGUGACAGCCAGCCCCAGAACAAACCCCAGCGUGACCUAGGCAACAUGCCUCUCACUCAUAGAUUCCGAGGUGUCAGUCCCAUCAUUAGAGCUGUUCCACAUAAUGAUAGAAGAGAGGAUGAGGCACAUUGUAUUCAGGGGGGACAGUCGCCUGUGGAGAGCAGAGUUACCUGCCCUGAUUCCAGUCUUCAUGACUUGGAGAGUGAUGGGUCCAUGGAGUCUGAUGAUGAUGAUGACACCUCCAAUAUUAGCCAAGUGAUGAAGAAGGAAAUUCAGCAGCUUCUGGCUGCUAAACCCGAGGGUAUUCUGGCAUCCAGACUCAUUCAGGAGUAUAAGGCAAAGUACAAUAAAGACCUUGGCCUCACGGAGUUAGGCUAUUACAGUGUGCUUCAGUUUGUCGGUGAAUUGCAGGAUAUUGUCCGUGUAGAACGCCCCUCGGCAUCUGAUUGGCUGCUGUUUGAUGCCCGCAUUCAACCGAAAUCUAAACCUCCAUCACCUGAAAAGCAGCAUGAGGAAGAACAGAAGGAGUUACAAGCAAAUAGUAAAUUUGAUGAUGAGUUUAAAGAGGAGCUUCGUUGGGUCCUGCUACAUCACAAAGAGGGUGUGUUUCGGUCAGAGUUGGCAGAAGUGUAUCAGCGUUUAACAGGCAAAGUGCUGGACCCAGUGGAGCUAGGGUUCAAGACAAUGGAUGGCAUGCUGUUGUCAGUCAUGGAUAAAUACCUCAACCUGAAAUAUGUUGGAAACGGUGAGAUGAUAGUUUCAGGCAUAGAGUUUCCUUCCGAUUCGCUCAUGUCGCCCCCUGAGAUCAGACCUGUUGAACACAGCCUGCUCAACCCUGCAUCAGUGUCUGUGAAUACCUCAGCAGCUACCUCUGAGCUCCCCGAUGACAUAGUGAGUUAUGGCACCUCAUACAAACCUCUACCCCUGGGGCAUCUCCACCCGGCUGUCGCUGAGAAGGAGUACAUCGAGGUCUACGUGUCCAACAUUAACAACCCUUCCAGAUUCUGGCUGCAGCUUCGUGGUCGUGAGACGUCAAUGGCUCUGGAAGAUUUGAUGGAAAGUUUAGACUUUUAUAAAACAAAGGCAGGUGAGCGGUACAAGAUGCCGGAAUCUAUGAUUGUGGUGGGACAGGUGUGUGCAGUUAUCUUUCCUGAGGAUGAAAACUGGCACAGGGGAGUUAUUGUGGGUAUCAAGGAUUUAGAUUUUGUACAGGUGUACUAUGUUGACUAUGGGAAUACCUGUACUGUGCCCAAGACAUCCCUCUGUAUGCUCAGGAGGCGGUAUUUACGCUUGCCGUGUCAAGCACUGCAAGCCAGACUGACUGAUAUGACUGCUCCAAAGACCGGCUGGACCGUGGCCACGAUGAGGAGGAUGCUGGAUUUAGUGGGGAAUAAAGCUGUUGUUGCUGAAGUCACAGAUCUAAAGGACUACGUGCUGUCUGUUUACCUGACGGAUACAAACACAGACGAGGACAUCCACGUGAACAACGUGCUGUGUGAAGAAGGGUAUGCCGUCUAUGCCCCAGACAACCCCGAGGAAGCUCAGGUGAACUGCAAAGAUCUCUGUUUUGCUCUUUAA